GAAGAGUGCGCGCCGUGGACAUCAAGAUGGCCGCUACGUACAACUGAUGAUAGUUAUACGUAUUCAUAAAAAUUGUGACGGCGUUUCGUGAUAGAGGUGCCGCGCUUUUUCGAGGCUUCGACAUGGUGAUAGUGUACAGUUAGUUGCAUCUUUAUCGAUGAGGAUUAGCUCGUUUGCUCUCAAUGGUAUUUUCUGCAUUCGCGGCCGGCUACGGCUCGCAUUGAACCAUGUUCGGUAAAAAACUUCAUGUAGACGUCAAAAAAUCAACACUCAAAGUUCAGGAUGUUAAGAAGGACAGUGCGACCCGAUUUAAACAUCUUAAAAUAGUCCUAGAAAAUUUGGAUACAGAUGAAGCGAAAGGAUUUUUUGAAGGAAAUUUUAGUCAUGUUUAUUUUAUAUUAUAUGACUGCUUUGUGUCAGCAGAAGCAAAUCUACGACAGCGAGAACUUUCUUUUCAUAUUGUACACAAGGCACAUAGAGAGGAAUUAGAACAAGUAUUACAUCUAUUAGAAAAAGUUUUAACUCUCCUUCCUGAACUCUUAAAUAAACGAUGGCAAUGUCACAGUCUUGCAAGGAUUCUCAAAAAAUUAUUACACCCUGGAAAUAGUUGGAAACUUCGUAGACAGGCCAUAAGAUAUUUCAUUUUAUGGUAUCAAGCACUGGGUGAAAAUGCUCCUGAACCUAUCCAUCAAAUGUUUGCAUGUUUGGUCCCAGGUUUUCCACCGCCACAUUUUUCGCAUUAUAAAUGUGAACGCAAAAUUGAUAACAAAAAAGAAAAAACAACGAAAACAAGCACAUCGGAUGAAAAAGAGAAAAGAGACUUUUAUGAUGCACAAGUGAUACAAAGUAACUUUCAUGAUAAUGGUUCGAAUCAGAGUCCAGUAAGUCAGGUAGAUGGUGGACCUAUUUUACCUCCACAAGGAGGAGAAAAACCAUUAGACAAUGAGACUGUUAGAUUUUUAGAAGCAUUGUUAGAGUUCAUGGUAACCCAAGUAGUCAAGAUAGAAUGGAGAGAUAAAGCAACGAGGCAGCACAAGACAUUUCAAUUUUUAUUAGAACGUUUUAAAUCAACAUACCUCCGAUAUAUUUGUCCAGAAUUUGAUGACAAUUUUUCUUUAUAUAAGCCUAAUUUAGAGUUGCCUACAGUGAGAAAACCAACCAAUCAAAGUCAAAAUAAUUAUCUUCUCUGUAAAGUUGCCCUAAUCAAAUGGAUUGCAAAUUUCACUCAUGUCGCAAGAAAAGAUAGCCUUUUUACAAAUCUUCCACAAAGCACAACGCCCAAUGAAGAAAAUCCAGAAUCAGAGCUACGUCGUGUUUCAGUUACUCAACAUUCGAGUGAUUCCAAUUUACUUUCACCUGAAUCUGCCCUCUCUCAACACGAUAAUCAAAAUCAAGAAGAUAACGCUAUAUCAGCUAUUACUUUAGUCAGAGAAGUUCUCUAUGGGAAUAGAGAUAAUGUUAAUUUUGUUCAUGAACUUUAUAGACAAGCAUUUCUAUUAGACUUCAGUCAUGCGGGAGCAAUAAGAAAAGCCAUAGCUGUAUAUAAGGAUUGGAUACAAAUGAAUGAAUUACCUCCAUUUAUGUUAGAACCAUUGGAUGGUCAUAAAGAACGAGAUUACGAUGAUAGCCUCAAGAAAGAUUUUAACGAGACGGAUAAGAGUCCAUCUGAAAAUUAUCGACAACCUAGAUUGAGGAAUGAUUCAUAUUUAGGUGCUAUACAUAGAGAAAAUUUAUUUAUUAGAGCAGGAUUACAAAAUGUACUCCAAGUAUUUAUUACACAAGCGUCACACGUUUUUUUCCUCGAAUAUUCUGGUUUAAAUUCGAAUGCAGCUCUGAUAGAAGAACAAACGGAUAGUUGUAAAAGAGUUUUGAAUGUUUAUCGAUACGUUGUCAUGCAUUCAAGAUUGGAACCUGCAACGUGGGAACAGUUGCUCAGAGUACUUCUUCAAAUUACUUCCUUGGUAUUAAGUGAAAAUUCAUCUCGUCGCAAACACCACGAAACUAUUGGAGGCAAAUUGGCACCUGCAAUAUUUCAAACUCUGAUAGUUACUUGGAUAAAAGCUAAUUUAAAUGUAGUGAUAUCUACCCAACUUUGGGAUCAAUUUUUAGAAGUAUUAUCUUCUUUGACACAAUGGGAAGAAUUAAUUCGUGAAUGGGCUAAAACAUUGGAUACAUUAACACGAGUACUUGCAAGGCAUGUAUAUAACUUAGAUUUAAAUGAUCUACCAUUAGAUAGAUUAAGUGAACAAAAAACAAAACGACGGCGUGGAGUUGGAAGUCGUGCUGCAUCUAUUGGAAGCGUUCAGCCACCGUGUAAAGGAAGUAUUGAUCAAGAAAGUAAUACCACGUCGAAAGAAAAUGUAACAGACCAUCCACUACCAGAUUUAAGAAAAGGACGAUUGUUACCACGCAGUGCAAGCGAUAAUACUAUUUAUAAUGGAAAAGCUCGUACGAAGUUUCAGAGAAGUCGUACCCAUACUGUACAUACCGGUAUUCCUGUACUUCCCCUAUCCAUAGAGCAAGAUAUGGCACGAUUACUAUCGAGUGGUCCUACAUCAUCAAUAACUGGAAAAAUGCUACCAAACAGACGUGCUAAAUCAUUGGAUAGCAUUGUCAUAGUUGAUAGUGAACCACCAUCUCCACGUUGUCCCUCUCCAACACCAAGCAGUGGCGUUGACAGCAAUAAAGAUAGUCCAAUACAAAUAGAAAACAUUGAUGGCAGCAGUAUUGAUGCGAAUGAUAUAACAGAAAGAAGAUCUGUUAUGGCAGGCGGUGGGGUACGAGGAUGGUUGCCAGACGUUGCUGUUGUAUUAUGGAGGCGAAUGUUAUCUGCUUUGGGAGAUGUAAAUAAUAUUCAAGAUCCAUUAUUACACGGUCAAGUUAUGGAUUAUCUUGUACAACUUACGCAAACUCUUAUAAAGAUCCGUUUAAAUCAAGGUGUUUCUGGAGACAAUCAAGUAACACCUCCCGCUCCAGAACUUAUUCCACCAUUAACUGUUAUUGCCCCAUGGUGUUUUAAGGCAAUACAAUUACCAGCUCAAUACGAAGUAGGCAAAUUAGCUGCGUAUCGCCUUAUAUGUCUCUUAACUGUUCAACCUUUGGAUAUAAAUUUACCGAAACAGCAUUUGAAUCUUUUUUAUCGUGCCGUUCACAAUGGCAUUUCUAGUAACAAUAGUAAAGUACUCCAUGUAUUAGUCAAAUACACUGGGCCUCGAUUAUUUAGUUUAAAUCUACCUGGUUCUAGUCUUCUUAUUUUGGAUUAUAUUCAUGCAGCAAAUGUAAUAUUAAGUAGUCAAGAUGUUGAGGCACCCAGAACAGAAGCAGUCUCUAUCAUUGGUUCGCUAUUAUCAUUACCAGCAACCGUAGCUAAAUUACCUUUGUUGCAACCAAAUGGAUCUGAUACUUUAACAAAAGUAUGCCCUGAUGCAAAGGAACAUAUAGUGAAUAUUCUUCUGAGAAUUUGUAGACGCGAACCAACUGGCAUAGCAAGAUGUUUAGCCCUUUCCAGUAUAGCUAUGUUUGUAUACAGAGAAUUAUCUUAUAAAAAUCGACAUCCACGAAUUCCAGAGGCUGUUACUGUUCUUCUUCUUGCUCUGAGGGCUACACAUGCGACGGUUGCUCAGGUGGCAUGCGAUUCACUUUUACUUCUGUGCGAUAAGGCAGACAUUUUAUUAGAGUUGUAUCCCAAUGUGCCAUGCAAAAUCACUCACAUCCUUUCAGAAACUCUUGGACGAAUGACUGCACGAGAAAGACGUGGUCCAUUAACAAUAUCAAUGAUAUUUUGUCUAGGAGAAUGGGCUAUGAAUUUGGGUCCAACUGUAUUAUUACGUGUAUAUCAAGGAGAUCCACUUUUAAUGACACUAUUCACAGUUUUAGAUAACAUAGCACAAAAUAAAGGAGGAAAAGAUCCACCAAAAACGAACAUGUCUCAUCAAGAUGAAAAUGAUGAUUUUGAUCCUGACAUCACUUUGGAUAAUUUAACCGAUGAAGUGUGUUCUAAAUCUCCUCAUCGUGGUAAUGUUCAUUCAGUUCAACUUGCAGCCAAAAUGGUAAUGAUGCAUUUGAUUAAUCAUCUGGGUCAUUUUCCAAUGGGUAUUGGUGCAGCACGUCUUUCUUCAUUAGUCGUCGAGUUAGAUGAUGUACCAGGAAUCGAAGGAGAUGAACUUUCCUCUGCAAUAUUUCAAGCACCAAAUAUACAAUUAUUAAUGCUGUCCAAUUCAAUUAUAAUGUCUCUGGUUGAACUAGCUGCACUUGAUGCACCUGGAGGAGGAGUUACAGCUGGUUUAACAACAGCUCCUUCUUUAGUUAGAGUUUUGUUACGUGAUUUAGCAGGGAAGGCAUCUUGGGAUAGUUCCAUUUUGUAUAGUCAACCAUUUGUCGACGAUGAAGUUCAAACACCUUUUGCAAAAUCAGUCGAUUGGAAUAUAAAAUCUCAUAAGGAAGAAUUAAAUAGUGUUAUAACACAACAAAGUUGUGUUUCAAGACACACGAUAAGGCAUCGUGAGCCUCAUAUUUUACCAACAUUUGCAAAUGGUGCUAGCGAUAUGGAUAAUUUAGAUGAUCUUCUUCAAUACAUAGGACAUACAAGUCCUGAAGUUCUAUGUAAUCCGGAGAUAGCAUUAAAUGCGCCAGCUAAUCCACCACAUGGAUUGUACCUUGAAAGUGAAACUAUUGCAACUAUUUUAAAUCAAAGAAAUGCAGAGCAAGAACAUCUUAAUAAUUGGAGCCAACAUAUUAGCAUGUGUGCAACACCAAUUAAUCCACCAUUGUGCCGUCAACCACCAGCACCAUUUCAUCACUGCCGGCUACUGUUUUCUCAUUUGGGUUUGUCUGGUUGGGAACAACGCAGAAAAUUACAUUUGCUUACUAAGAAUGAAAAACUUUUACGUGAAUUACGGAAUCUUGAUGGUCAACGUUCUAGAGAGACGCAUAAGAUUGCAGUAAUUUAUGUUAGUCAAGGACAAGAAGAUAAAAACUCAAUAUUAAGCAAUGUCACGGCUAGCAAGGAGUAUGAAAAUUUUGUAGCCAGAUUAGCUUGGGAAGUUGAACUUGAAUCGCAUACAGGCUUUCUUGGUGGUCUUGUACCUGGAAAAGCAUCUGGUGUAACAGCACCUUAUUUUGCAACAUCUUUUACUGAAGUACUCUUUCAUGUAGCAACAAGAAUGCCAUCCGAUAGUACAGAAAGUUUAUUACAAAAGACACGACAUCUCGGGAAUGAUGAAGUCCAUAUUGUUUGGUCAGAACAUUGGAGAGAUUAUCGUAGAGAUAUCAUACCAACAGAAUUUUGUGAUGUUUUAAUAGUUAUUUAUCCACUGCACAAUAAAUUAUAUAGAAUACAAAUAUCUAGAAAACCGGAAAUUCCAUUUUUUGGUCCACUAUUCGAUGAAUGUAUUGUUGAAGAUAAAGUUCUUCCUGGUCUGGUUAGAACAACAGCAUUGGCUGCAAGCAGAGCUAAGAGAUCUACUCUUACAUUAUAUCAACAUUAUUACGAAGAACGUGCAAGAUCUAUCGACACUGUUAUGAGAAAUCAUAAAGAAUCAACAACUUUUGAAGAGUUCACAGCUAAUGUUUAUUCUCCGGUACAACCAGCAAGUCCAUUCAGUGGAACGUCUUCUGUGUCUGGAUCUACAACAAGCGUGCAAUCCACAGCGUCGUCAAACCUAGCAGCAGCGCUUAUAGAUUCCCAUCAAGGUCGUUCUGGUCUGCGCAGUACUUCAGCAACAAGCAAUGAUAUUCGUGCAAAUAGAGCUUCUGACGGAAGCAGAGUAUGGUUCAGUGCUGAUGCUCAGGAUACAAAUACUGCUUUGCAUGGAAUUUCACCAAGACCUGUUAAAAAGAUGUCUUUCAAAAGUGGGCCAAAGCAGAGAACAAAUACACAGCCUACACCGCCGGAUAGUCCAAGAUACAAAUAAACUGAGACAUUAAUUUUCUAAUAAGAAUGUUUGCACAAAGAAGAAACAAAACAAAUUGGUGGUUUAGGUAUGCCUUUUAAUUUCUAUUAUAUUCCUGAUGGGAAUCUUUAAAUUAAUCUAGUUAAUAGACAGUAAUAUAUAUAUAUAGAAUGGUGUCUUUUAAUAACAAGAGAAAAAUGUAACACUUAAUAUACUUACACUAAACUCUCAAAUAUUUGAUUUAAAGGGAAUUGAACAUCUUGAUGAAUAGGUUUAGUGUUUUCUGUUUUCCGUCCUUAGGUUUAAUUUUCAUACAAUAGUUGUACAGCUGAUUAUUAUUACUUAUUUGUUGCUAUAUCAAAAUAUUAAUUUAUUACAAUAUAAUUUCAUAUAAAAGUAUAUUGUAUAUCACAUAGAUACAUAUAUAUAUAUUACAAUAAGUAUAUAUUUUCUUUAUAACACUUACCAGCUUCAAAUACGAACUGGAAUGAUUGUACAGCAAUUUUCACAAAUUUAUUUGAUUGAUUAUUUGAAAUAAGAAAGUUAUAUAAAUUACACAUACGUAUUG